CCGUCAUCGCGGCAGAUGUUCCCGAGUUGCGGGCGGAAGGUUGCAGCGCUCCCUGCCCAUGCCAGCGGCGCCCAUGACCUGCUUCAGGGCAUAACCUUCAGUGCGAACGUGUUGAGGGCGUUGGUGUACCAUGUCGAGUGUGCUUAAUCGGUCGACAUCAAUGAUGAAUGGUGGAGAGAUGUAUCUUGGGGGGGCAACAGGAGAGGGGGGGGCUGGAGACGGAGGGGGGGGUGGCAUGUCUCUCCGUGAGUCAUUAGUAGGCGUGUUAGGGGCACGUCACCUUAGGGAGUCACCAACAUCCUCACCUCUACAGAUAUUUGUGCGAGCUAAGAAGAAGAUCAAUGAUAUAUAUCAGGAGAUUGAAGAAUAUGUGGCAGAAACAACACAUUUCCUGGAAGGGGUACAUAAUGAUAAAGAUCUUAUUGAUGAGAAGGGAUUGCAAGAAUUCAAACUGUACAGCUCAAAAGUUGCAGGAAUUCAGGAAGUACUGGCUAGAGACCACAUGAAGGUGGCCUUCUUUGGUCGAACAUCUAAUGGAAAAAGCACAGUAAUCAAUGCAAUGUUAGGGGACAAGAUCCUUCCUUCAGGCAUUGGACACACAACCAACUGCUUUUUACAGGUUGAAGGCGAUGAUACAAAUGAACCAUAUUUUACAACUGAAGGAUCUACAGAGAAGCAGAACCUGAAGGGUAUUGGUCAGCUUGCACAUGCUCUCUGCAAUAACAGACUUGGCGAUUCUUCGCUCGUCCGAAUUCACUGGCCAAAGUCUAGAUGUCCACUUCUGAGAGAUGAUGUCGUUCUGGUAGACUCCCCCGGCAUAGAUGUGUCGGAGAGCCUGGACGAGUGGAUUGACAAGCAUUGCCUAGAUGCUGAUGUGUUUGUGCUGGUUGCCAAUUCAGAGUCGACCCUCAUGAACACGGAGAAGAAUUUCUUCCACAAAGUGUCUUCAAAACUCUCGAAGCCCAAUAUAUUCAUCCUUCAGAACAGAUGGGAUAUGGCUGCAACAGAACCCGAGUUUCUAAAUGAAGUCCGCAAGCAGCACUUAGAACGAACCAUAGCCUUCUUGGUUGAGGAACUCAAAGUUGUCCAAGGACCACAGGCAGAGCAGAGAGUGUUUUUUGUUUCUGCCAAAGAAGUUCUUCAGCAGCGCCUUAAUGAAUCUAAAGGCCAACCAAAUAACACCUCAGGGUACCCAGAUGGAUUUACAAGUCGAUAUUUUGAAUUUCAAGACUUCGAAAGAAAAUUUGAAGAAUGCAUCUCAAAGACAGCUGUUAUCACCAAAUUUGAGCAGCACACGCAGCGGGGAAAGAGUAUUUCAGGGGAAAUCCAGUUAAUAGUGGGGAGAGUUAUGGAGCGAUCAUGGCAGGAAAGGGAGGAAAAAAUGUCUGAGAGACACAGCCUAUGGGCAAGGCUGGACCACACGGAGAAAGAGCUGCAUGCCCUUACAACACAGAUGAAGGAAAAGAUUUGUUCCAUUGUGGAAGACGUAGAAAGGAGAGUAUCAAAUGCACUAAAUGAAGAAAUAAGGCGCCUGUCUGUGUUAGUUGAUGAAUUUAACGAGCCAUUCCAUCCAGACCCUCUUGUGCUGAAUGUCUAUAAGAAAACUUUACAUGCACAUGUUGAGUCUGGCUUGGGGUCAAACCUGCGAGCAAGACUUUCCUCUGCUUUGGCUUUGAAUAUUGAAAGUAGUCAAGCAGAAAUGACAAACCGCAUGUUAGCCCUUUUGGGUCAAGAGCGUCGGGACUUAGCAAAUACGAUGCUCCCAAGGAGAGAACCUUUUGAGAUUCUGUAUCGCUUGAAUUGCGAAAACUUGUGUGCUGAUUUUCAGGAAGAUAUAGAGUUUAAGUUCUCUUUGGGCCUGGUGUCCCUGGUUCAGAGAGUGUUAGGAAAAGCUAGCAACAGAAUAGUGAACUCUAGACACAAAGAAGGUAUUCCAAGAAGUGUGCCAAUGACACCUCUGACUCCAAGCAAUGAGCCUCAGUUUGGUGUGUCUCAGGAUGACUGGUCCAUCAUCAGUCGCUUUGCUCUUGCCAGUGUAGGCUCCCAGGGUACGAUGGGCCUUGCACUUGCAUUAGGAUUGAUGUUCAAGACCGUUGGCUGGCGGCUGAUAGUGCUAACUGGAGGAGUGUAUGGAUGCCUGUAUGCCUAUGAAAGGCUGACCUGGACCAACAAAGCAAAGGAGCGUGUUUUCAAGAAGCAGUAUGUUGAUCAUGCCACGCGCAAGUUAAGACUGAUUGUGGAUCUAACAUCGCAUAACUGCUCUCAUCAGGUUCAACAGGAAUUAAGUGGCACCUUCGCUCGCCUGUGCCGCCUUGUUGACGAGAGCACAAGUGAGAUGCAGAGGGACGUGCGCUCUUUGGAGCGAGAAGUACAGCAGCUUGAGGAUAUGUCAGCAACGGCAAAGAAAUUGCGGAACAAGGCACAUUACCUGGCUAAUGAGUUAGAUAUCUUCCAGCAGACAUACCUCUCUUCGGAUGAAUGAGUCAUUUGUGUGUGUGUCUUGCUGUGUAAAAGAUAAGUCUACUUAAUUUGUACUUGCACACACGCUCUUUGUAAUGAAUAUCCAUUUCCAUUAUUUUGUUAUAGUUAGUUAUAUGUAAAGAAUAAUAUCUUCUAAUGUCAGAUAAGUGACAUACUUGAUAUUGAUAUGAGCCAUAAUAAUGGCCUAAGCUUUAGGUGGUACAAACAUGUAAGAUUUUAUAAAAGGUACUAUAGACAACAUUAUUCCACUUCUGCUGCUGGUUUUGAAGCUGUUGAUCAUUGGGGUUCUGAAUUAUUUCUUUUUAGUUGUAUGUGUUUUGGUCAGGCCAUAUCAUUUGACAUUUAGUUCCUGCCAUUUCUUUAAAAACCUGAGAAAGUUGUACAUUAGGAGGGAGAGAGCACUGUAAAAGGUUGUUGGAUGGAUUACUUACCCACAAAGAGCUACAGUCAUCAGUAUAAGGUUAAUGUCUCAUUCAAGUUGAAAUAAAGUGAAUAAAAUUAUGAAGAGUAUGAAUUGGUCGUGAUACAAGUAGGAAAUCUAAAAUGUAAUAUACAUGUGCCAUAUCCCCCAAAAUUUUAUAAAUUGUAGAACAUUAUAGUAGGUGUGUAUAUAAUGGUGCAUUACAGCAAGUGAGAAAGUUACACAGAUUUUUUGCUUGAGAUUAGGCAAAAACAUUCUUGUAAAUACUGUCUUGCUAAGAUAUUAAUGAUGCUGAAAGCACAUGCAUGAUAAGUCUUGGCCUGCUUGAAGUAGGAACCCCACACAAAAUGUUUGUGUUUUUCAAGUGUUUCUGGCUAGCCUAAAGCAAAGAGUCUGUGUUAGGGUACUUGCCAAUUACAUCAUCAGUCACAUUCAGCCACUUGGUAAACUCUGCUCCAGUCAGAUUUACUUGUGCAGAUCUAUAAUGGUAUCUGUAUGUAAAUGACAUUGAAGUCAGAAAUUGCCAUAAUAUAUUUGAAGUUGAAGUUGUUGUACUUACUGACUCGUAACAUAACAUAUUUAAUCAUUGCUUACCACGAAGCCUGUGUCAUGAAGUUCAUUUGUAAAUAACCCAGAAUAUUUGGUCUCAGAAUUAUCACUCCAAGCUUGAGCAAACUUCAAAUCUCUCUCCAUAUUACAAGAGAAGUAGUUGGGCAUGUAAAAGGCUGUGUUCGUUUAUCAGUCAUGAGCUACUACCAUAGUUUAAGGAGAAAAUUAAAAUUCAUGAAUCUAUUGCAAAGUAAACUUGUACUCAGAGAGACCAUUUACAUUGUUAGUGAUAUUUUUUUUGCUAAAUUUUGAAGUCUAACUGAAAUUGAUUUAUCAGUGAAGGAAGGUCAGUCAUACAGUGUAAGAAUAUUAAUUGGGAAGUAUAUCUAUAAUAUUUUGUACAGAUUUGCUUCCUUUAUAUUAAUUUAAAGAUUUGCAUGUGUUUUCACAAUUGUAUACUGAUCAUGCACUCCAGGCAUUUGUGCUGAUGCUAGCAUAUACGCCAGAUGAAUUUUCAUUCAGAUAACAAAGUAAUAUAUAUCAUUUAUGUCUGUUCUUUGGUCUGGUUUAAGAUCACCCUUCGGGACUGAUUACGCUGAAAUAAGUAAACUCCCAUUUUGAUUUGCAUAUAAAGAAAGACAAUUACCAAUUAACUUCAGUACAUCAGUCCUCAUAAAGUAAUUCUGGGUUUUAUGGCUGUUUUUACAUUUACUGUUCUAACAUUUAUAGAAGUUUCUGAUAGUAAAGGCCUUGCAGAUGAUAAAGAUAAACAGAUUUGUUUACAAAAGACUUUAAUGGAAGGAAUCCAUGAAGCUAGUUGGUUGACAACACUUUUCAGUAACAAUGGAUGAUACAAACUAAAAUGAUGAGUGUAUGGAUGUCAGCAGCAUUUAAGUAUGUCUGUAUACAUUUAUGCCUAGUUCUAUUAUUUCAAUUUUUUCUCUUUCUCUCUGGUUCUCUCCUUUCAGGGGCUGUGAGUGUGAUAUAAUUCCCUUAUAGGUUAUUUCCCUUUUGUUUUAAGCCACACUCGCAUUGCCAAUGGAACCACAGUUUGUGAAGAUUAUAGACUGAGUUUGCCAUAGGUUACUGAGUUUGCUCAUAUCACAUACUAGCAAAAAUAGUCAUUUUACAUUUUAAAACUUAGAUGCUGUGUAUACAUUAUUCAUAUAUUUAUGAAAUAUGAAAUAUGGUUUAUUAAACAUAGCUUAGUGACUAUCUGUUUUGAUGUGAAGUCAAACUUUUUUAUAUUGAGGGGUACAGUUUCAAAUAAGGUCUAAAGGUUAUUCAAAUAUGGUUUCAGUUUCAUAAGUUACUUAAAAUUAGUUAGAAGGAAAUUCAUAAUGUCACUCGUCAAAGCCUCUUGUAAGUUUUAUUUGUGCAUUGUACGUUGUGUGUAAAAGUUCUUUUCUUAGAUAAAGCAGUGACUCAAGGAAAUAUUGUCUUUAGGUUCUUCUUUGUAGCAACAUUUUCUAAGUAUCAUAGAAAGUGCUUAUAUGUUAAUGUUUGAACUAUAAUAGAUUAAUUCUGGUUUGUCAUUGGGUGUUUAAAGAAGUGAAAUGUGCAGUUAGAGGCAACUAUUGAAAUUAUAAUUGCAUUGUGUUCCUUUUGUAGUAUGAUGUAUUAGGUUCUAGUCAAAUGUGUGAAUGUCUGCAGAAAAAGCUGAGGAAGCAUGGUAUAUGAAAUUGAAAAUCUGUUCACAUGUACUUCCUGUGAGACAGGUUAUAAGCCAUUUUGAAAUUGUUAAGUUUGAAGUUACAUAAGCAUUGUAUAGCAUGAGUUUUUUCACAUUGACUUAUUUAGAUCUGACUUCAAAGAGUGCACAGAAAAAUUCUAAUGACUGAUAUUUGAGCUUGUUUAUGAGAGUGGUUGUAAAGUAGUAAAGGUUCAUUAUUCUUUACAUAUUGGUAAUAUAUUAUUAAUGUAUAUGAAACUGUUGUGAAUGUUAUUUCAUAGAAAGAUAUAUAUGUAUAUACUUCAGUUAUUAUUUAUUUUAUUUUUCUUAUUAGGUGAUGAUGGUUUGAGAACUGCUUGUUGCCAUUUGAGGAACCAUUGCAGCCGUCAUGAUAGUCACUUGAAACUCUUAGAGAUGUACAGUCUAUUGUAGUGUAAAUAUUAUUAACUGGGUGAAGUUAUGUGGAGGAAAUAGAGAAUUUCCUAUUA